AUGGCCAUCAUGGCAAACAAAGUUGCCUACAUUCACAGGCUCUCUCGCAAAAAGGCCCCGGGCGACGGCGCCCAGGAGCCUCCCGCCAGCGGCGUCGGGAGCGCGCCGCCACCGCCCGCGGGCGCGGCCGCCGACGGCGACGCGGCGCAGCAGGACGAGGGCGAGGCGCCCACGUGCCAGGAGAAGCAGGGCAAGGCCGCGCGGGGCAAGAGGAGGGCCAAGAAGGCCGCGAGGGCCAGCGCGGCCGAGGAGGGCCCGGGCGGCGGUGGCCGCAGGCCGGCGGCGAAGCGGAAGCACAAGCCGAAGGCCCCGAGGAGGCGGGGGAAGCCGGGCAGGGGCAGCGCCGAGGGGCCGAGCUCGUCGACCUCCCGCUCCUCGCGCCGGCGCGAGCAGGCCGAGGGGGAGGGCGAGGAGGACGAGGAGAGCGACGCGGCCUGCGUCGCCGCGGCGGUGGCCGCCGUCUCCAAGCUCGAGAGGUACGUGCAGAAGUGGUCGGAGGGUGUCUGUGCAUAUGUUUUCGUGGCGUAUAUAAGGAAGGCCUCCGGGGCGUCCAGGGCCUCGAGGCCGCGCCGCGAUGAGGCCCGGCCCGUGGCGCCGCAGUCCGUGGGCGAGGCCUUCGAGGCCUCCGCCUCGCCGGGGCGGGCGGGGCAGGGCCGCGAGGGCGGCGAGGCCUCGGGCGCGCGGGCCGGCGCGGGCCCCCGGGCGCGCAGGAGCAAGAAGAAGGGGCUGUCGCUCCGGCUCGCGGAGCCCGACGGCGGCCCGGCCGCGGCGGAGUCCGUGCUGGCCCGGCUGCGCGCCAGGCGCGACGGGGCCGCGGACGGGGCGAGCGAGGGGAGGCCUCGGGCCGGCGACGGAGAGGCGGAGGGGGAGCCUCGGGCCGGCGGCGGGGAGGGCGAGGCGGCCGACGGGGACCUGGACGGGGACGAGCUGGAGGAGGGCGACCUGGACGACGCCGAGGGCGAGGCCUCCGAGGAGGAGGCGGCCCCGGAGCGGCGCAUCCCCCUGAUCGGGUCCGCGCCCGCCGCGCGGGGCGCGGAGCUGCGGGAGGGCUCCGAGGUGCGCCUCCGGGGGCGGAAGGGCGCGCCCGAGCUCGCCGGGCUGGCGGGCGUGUGCGAGCGCCUGGAUGCGGCGACGGGGCGCUGGCACGUGCGCCUGGCGGGCGGGGAGCUGAAGGCCCUGAAGCCCGAGCACCUCGAGGCCCCGCCGAAGCGGCGCCGGCUUGAGCAGGCUCGCAGGGGCGGCAGGAAGCGGCGGUCGGACCGCAGCAGGUCCAGGGACGAUGGCGCGCCGCCGCCCGCGGGAGGCGGCGGCAAGGCGCCCACGGCGUCCCAGGGCGUCAAGAAGAGCAGGAGCAGGGGCGAGUCGGCCUCGGACGGGGAGGGGACCGAGUUGUUCUCCGAGCUGAAGGGAGGCAGGAGUGCGCAGGCAGCGGAGGCCGCAGGGGCGGCGGAGUCCCCCGAACAGGGCGAGGAGAGCGAGGAGGCCGUGGAGCUCUUCGUGGACAUCAAGAAGGCGGCCAAGGAAAAGGCCGUGGAGGACGACUUCGCCUCUCUCCUGUCCGAGAUCGGCGGGCUCGGCGACGACGGGGCGGCGGAGGACAAGCCUGCGCCGGAAGAAGGGGCAGAGAAGGCGUCGGCCGAGGAGGCGGCGAAGGACGAGCCAGCUCCCGAAGAGAAGCCGGAGACGGGGCGACCUGCGGAGGAGGCGAAGGACUCCGCCGGGCCGCCGAGCCCCGACAAGGCGCGGGCGCGGGCGCGGAAGGUCAAGAUCCCAGCGGAGGAGGCCUCGGACGAGCCGCCCAGCGACGGCGGCGAGGCCGAGGAGCGGGAGCCCGGGAGCCCGGCCGAGGAGCCCUCGGACGAGCUUCCCAGCGAUGGCGGGGCGCAGACGCGAAAGCCCAAGGGCCAGGUGGAGGACUCUUCGGGUGAGCCUCCCAGCGACGACGCGUCGGAGGAGCGGCUGCGACAGAGCCUGGCGAAGAAGCGCGUGGCGCGCAACUGCUUCGACGUCGUUCCGCGGAAGCGCGUGGCGGGCAACUGCGCGAGUACAGUGGGCAAGGAGAGCCGGCGCCGCCAGAGGGCGGACGGGGGGCGAGAGCGGAGGCCGAAGGACGGGCGGCAGGACGGCGAGGCCGCAAGAGAGGACCGGCAGAAGGAGGGACAGAAGAAGACGGGCGAAGCAAAGGACGACGAGUCUGCAGACGGCUCGGAGAAAGAACAACCGAAGGCGGCCGGCGGUGCGGCCUCGGAGGGCGGGGCGGAGAGCACCGCGGCGGGCGGUGCCCCGGAGGCAGAGGCCGAGGAGGACGGCGCUGCGGCUGAAGGGGAGGCGCGGAAGGGCGUCCAAGAGGGGGCCAAGGGCGCGACAGGAGAGAACGCGAAGGUCGAGGCAAAAGGAGGCGCCGGCGAGGAAGAAGAUGGCGAGGACGCCGGAGAGGAUCGUGAGGCGAAGAAGGCAACCCAAGAGGAGGUCAAAGCGAGUGACGAUGCGGAAGAAGGCGCCGACGAGGAAGAAGAUGACGAGGACGCCGGAGAGGAUCGUGAGGCGAAGAAGGCAAUCCGAGAGGAGGUCAAGGCGACAGAGGAGAAAGCGAGUGGCGAUGCGGAAGAAGGCGCCGAUGACGAGACAAAGGAGGGUGAGGAGGAAGUGGAGGAGGGCGUUCGGGAAGGUGGGGAGGCGAACAAGGUAGCCGAUGAUGAGGCCAAGAAGUCCACAAAAGAUAAGGUCGAUGACGAAGCGAGAAAAGACGCCGACGAAGAGGCAGAGGAGGAGAGCGAGGACGCCGGGGAGGAAGAGAAAACGAAGGCAACAGCAGAUAAUGCUAAGAAUGAUGCGAAAGAAGACGCCGACAAGGAGGCUGAGGAGGAGAAGGGGGAGGAUGACGCUGGUGAGGAAGGUGAGGCGAAAGAGGUGGCAGACGAGGAGACCAAGAAGGCAGUAGACGAGAAAGCGAAAGACAAGACAGACGGUGGUGCCGAUGAAGGGGCUGCUGAGAAGAGUGAGGGUUCGGCAGAGGACGACGAGGGGAAGCAGUCCGGAGAAGAGGCGGAGGACGCCCCUGCAGAGAGGGCGGCGAAGGUCCCGAGGGCGAGCGCCAGCGAAAGGGAUGGUGACGAGGCGGAGGAGGAGGCGGCAGAGGAGAAGGCAGGCGGCGCCGCCCAGAAGGGGCCCCCAGGGGAGGCGGCGAGCGGCCGCGAGAGGGACGGCGACGAGGCGGAGGAGGAGGCGGCAGAGGAGAAGGCGGGCGGCGCCGCCCGGAAGGGGGCCCCCGGGGAGGCGGCGAGCGACCAGGCCGAAGGGGCGGCGGCGGGGGGCGCGCAGGCGAGCGGCAGGGAGCCGAGCGCGCCCGCGGAGGAGCCGCGGGAGCCAGCGCAGGGCGAGGCUCCCGCGACGACGGCGGGCGGCGGCGGCGCGGCCGACGGCCCGCGGGAGGUGGAGAAGAAGCCCGAGGAGCGGGACGAGGACCCCGACGCGGAGCUGCGCCUCCUGCCGGUGGUGGAGCUGAAGCGGCGGCUGCGUGCGGCCGGGGCCGUGGUGCCCCAGGAGCUGAACGACAAGGACGAGCUAAUCGCCCUGCUGAGCGUUGCCAGCGGCGCCAAGAGGGCCGAGCCGGCGGAGGACGACUUCGCCAGCUUCCUGUCACAGAUCGAGGACAUGCAGGCCUCGGGCGACCUGCCGCCGCCACCGCCACACGAGCGGCCGCCUGGGCCGCCAGAGGAGCCGCCGCCCGAGCCGCCGCCGGACGGGGGCGGAAGCUCCACGCGGGCGCCCGGGCCGCCGAAGGACGACCCGGACGAUUUCGACGAUUUCAUGGCAGAGCUCGACAACCUCCCUGGCGUCGGCGGCGGCGCGGCCGCCGGCGGCGCGGCCAAGGAGCCCGCCCCCGCCGCCGCGCCCGCCGCCGCGCCGUCCGCGGCGGCGCCCGCAGAGGCGGUCGCGGAGGCGGCCGCGGCGGCCGCGGGCAGCGGCGCGGCGGAGGGUUCGGGCCGCGCGGGCGGCGACGGGGCCAUGGAGGUGGACGAGCAGGUGGCGGGGAUGCCCAGCUUCGGGGAGCGCGCGUUCCUGGCGGACGGCGACGCCAUGCGCGCGCGCCGCGACGCACGGGAGUACUGCGAGGCGAAGUUCCGGGCCUUCGAGGCCGGCGAGGCCUGCAGCGCCGCGGAGGACGAGGCGCGGGCGGCCGAGGAGCGGCGGCGGCGGCUCGCGGAGGGCGCGGGCUUCUUCGACGGGCCCGCGAGGAUCUGCAGGGGCCUGCGCUUCCGGCCCAUGCAUCUGCUGCACCAGUUCGCCGCAGGGAAGGGCACCUUCAUGUGGCCCCUGCCGCUGAAGCAGCAGUUCAAGGGCGGCAAGGGCAUGCAGGAGUACACCGCCGAGCUCAACCAGCAGUGCGAGGUGCACAAGCCCCAGCACCCCUUCGAGCUCCGGUUCCGGCUGUGCCUGGACCGCGGAGACGUCCAGGGCGCCGAGGCGAGGGCGACGUUCGGCUGCGGCAGCUUCCGCAACCCCGCGGGCCUGGUGGUGUCGUGCCCGUCCCGCGCCCGGGUGGAGAAGCUGAGGCAGAAGCAGGGCGAGCACGACCGCGACCACGCGGGCAGGAUCCAGGCCAUCCAGCAGAGGCACCAGCAGGCCGUGGCGGCGGCCAUGACCCUGGCGCAGACGCCCCAGGAGGCCAUGGUCAUGAAGCAGCGCCUCAUGAUGGAGGCCCAGAAGGAGAUGGCGGCGGCGGCGAACUCGCUGACCUCGGGAGGCGGCUGGGCGCGGCGGCUCGAGCGCUUCGGGGUGUUCUGCGGGGCCCAGUCGCGGGAGGAGGGCCGCACGGGCUACAUGCAGAUGGAGGGCCUCACCCUCCUGCCCAACCAGGACGGCUCCAACGCGCUCGCGCUGAUGCUGGUGCUCGCCUUCCUCCGGCCGCACCUCUGCGGCGGCUCCGUGCGCGGCGGGUGCAGCCUGCUGUGCGACCUGGACGACAUGCGCGUGCGGGCCGUGUCGCUCUUCGGGCACUCCGACGAGACCAGGUGGAUGCUGCCCGUCGUCGGCGGCGCGGCUGACGCUGCUGGACCUGCAGCGCGUCAACCGGCUGAGGGAGGCGGUCUCCUCCACCAUCGAGGGCGUCCACGAGGACGACCUGGCCCUCGCGCCGGGCGACGAGCUCGACGGCGUGCAGCCCUCGGCCGGCGGCGCCGCGCGCGGCAGGGCGAAGAAGCCCGUGAUUCGGGAGCGGCCCGAGCUGUGCAGGGCGCUCAGCGAGAUGCUCGGGGACCUCGGCGCGGGCCCCUCGCCCUUCGAGCACCAGGAGGCGCAGACCGAGGCCGCGGCCUUCCUGCGCAGGCUGGGCGCCGGGGCCGCCGAGGCCCGCGCCCCGGCGGAGGCCGCGGCCGGCGCCGCCGCGGGGGAGGCCGGCGCGGCUGCGGCGCCCGCGCGGCCGCGGCGGGAGCUGGGCGACCACUGGAUCGCCAUCGAGGAGCACGGGCUCGGCCCCGAGGCCGGUGGCUUCGUGCGGUGGGACGCGCCGCAGGCGAGGGCGCCCGAGGCGGCCGCCCCCGCGGCGCCGCCGGAGGGGGCCUCCGCGGGCUUCUUCUCGUUCGACACGCCGGUGGAGAGCAUCAAGCAGGCCCGCGGCGGCGCCGCGCCCGCCCGCCCGGCCGCCCCGGAGCCCGCCGCCGCCCCGGAGCCCGCCGCGGCCGGGCCGGCCGCCGCGGGCGCGGGCCACGGCGCUCCGGGAGACGCGGGCGCCUUCAGCUUCCUGCCGCAGCUGACCGUGGUGUGCGCUGCGGAGAAGAGGGCAACGGCACUCCGACGAAUGAAGGUGGAGGCGGAGGAGGUCACCGCGAGGUCCAACCAGGAGGCCCGGGGGGCGGAGCGGCACGUCAAGCAGCUGAAGGAGCUCGCCCGGCAGGUGGACAGCGCCAUGGCGUCCUCGAGGAGCGCCUUCGACGAGGCGAUGCAGGCGCUCGACGAGCCCGCGCUGCGGGCGGCCAUGGACCAGGCGCUCGGCAUCGUGCGGGCCCUGCACUCCGCGAUGGGGGACCUCGUCGCCACCGUGCGCCUGCUGGAGGAGGCGCACCGCGCCGCCUGCGACCGCGCGCGGCGGGCUGCGGAGGGCCACGCGGAGGUGGCCCACUUCUGGUCCGCCGCGCUGGAAGCCACCCAGGCGGUGCAGUCGAAGAUGAACCACCACUGGAAGCUGACAACGAGCACCAUGCAGCGCGCGGAGGUCUCCAAGCGGACCGCGAUGAUGAAGGCGGACGACGUGGUGCGCCUGGUGAACGAGAAGCUCCAGCGCUGGCAGGACGAGCGCCAGAUACUGGCGGAGGAGGCGAUGGAGGCGGAGCGGAUGCGGCUGGAGGCGAUGCGGCAGCAGCAGGAGGAGCUCCUGGCCGCCGCGCGGGAGGCCGAGGUCGAGGCGAUGCGCCAGCAGCAGGAGCAGCAGCGCCUGCACAUGGAGGCGGCGCAGCGGCGGCAGGAGGCCAUACAGUGGGGCAGGCACCUGGUGGCGCCCGCCCCGCAGCUGCAGUUCCUGGACCCCAGGCAGCAGGGCGCGGCCGAGCAGCUGCAGCUGCAGCAGCAGCUGGAGCAGCAGCUGCUCCGGCAGCAGCAGCUCCAGCAGCUGCACCAGCAGCAGCAGCAGCAGCAGCAGCAGCAGCAGCAGCAGCAGCGACCAGAGCAGCCCUGGCCACCGGAGACACCGCUGCCCUGCUCGGCCGGCGACGGUGGGCCGCCGCCACCCCGGGCCGGCGAUGGCGGCGCGCCGCCGCCGCCGCCCCCCGACCCGGAGGACACGGGCGCCGCGCCACCGGGGCCGCCGCCCGAGCCGCCGCCGCCGGCCGACGCCGCGCCGCAGGCUCCGCCGCCGCCACCAGACGCGGAGGAGCCCGCGCCCUUCGGCGGGCCCGGGUGGCCGCCGGGGUCCGCGCAGCAGGCGCCGCCGCAGCCGCCGGGGCGGCCGCCGUGGCAGGGGACUCCAGGUCCGCCCUGGCACCGGUCUCACCACCGCCGGUUAUGAGGGGGGGGCGCGCCCCCUCGCCGGCGGCGGCCGUCUGCUGGGCACGCGCCGCUCGCGCGGCCUGGCCGGACCGCAGUGCCAGCCGGGGGCAAAAGGCGGUGGCUCCGCCCGCCUGGUCCUCGUCCUCCGUUGCCCUUUCUCCUCAUUCGGGGGUGGACAGACCUCCU